AUGUGGAUACUUACCCGCCUUAUAUGGCCAUUGGCCCUUCGAAAUCUGCGAAUCCUUCAUGUCUUGCUUUGUUGUCUGGCCAAUGCUAGCGCUGAUUCGCCAGACAUGGCACAUGCCCUCAUUGUCGGUCCUCAAUCUGGAUCAGCAUCAGCUCUGACGACACCGGCAUCAGGCAAAGCUCCAUCUCUUACAGCUAAGGCGUUCACGGCUGGAAGCGGAGGUACCGUGACCACCGGUAAUAGCUCGAGUGUCACCUCCGUCGGGAGCUGCAGUGGCACUAUUGGCACCAGAUUAGGACAUUCAAAUGGGAUUUCUCACGGGCGAACUGAUUCCAAGGAAAUUGGCUUCGCUUCGAUACACAAGAUUACGGAUCUUACCAGUGAGCUAUAUCAUGGGAACAUGUAA